CUCCGCGACGAUGCCUAGAGACCGAUUCAUCGCCAGUCCGUUCCCUCAAGUCCGGGUGAACGAGCUGGAACGACGAGAAUUGCUCCACAUCGUCGACACGCACGUGCAAGACUACAUCACCAAGUACGUGGACCACGUUCUGGUCGACAAGCGCAAGAUAGACGAUCGGCGUUGGGAGCACGUCAAGAGUAAAGACAAACUUCGAGUAUACGCGGAACGCACGCACAAGGAGCUCAGUCGCCGCGGUAUCGAGCCAGAAACUUCGCUCAGUGCAACGCAGCGAGUUCAGGAUCACUCCGUUUCGAAAGAUCUCCCGGUGGUGAUGGGGAUUGGGACGCUGGUGGGUGAUCUGGACGACCUCAUGUACGGCGUUGUGAGUCCCACACUGGACGAUAUGCGUGUCAAGGCUUCAUAUAUCCACGAUGUUGACAGUGCUGCUGUCUUGUGUCCUGUGAUCGGACCCAGCAAAGAAGACCCGUUCCGUUCCAUUGUGAUCAAGUGGAUGGCUAUCGACGUACCGUUAUCGACGAAUCUCGUUCGAAGUCGAGACUUUGUGUACAUUGAAGCAACCGGUACUGCAUUCCUUCCAACCGGUGACCGUGUGGGAUAUCAUUUGAUGCAUUCUAUCGACUUCCCGCAGACUAAACCACUGCCUAAGAAGACUCGCGGUAAUCUAUCGGUCUUCAGUUGUUUCCGGAAGAAACGUGGCUUCAUCAUUGAAAAUUUCGCGUGGGGGAUUGUAGACCCAGGAGGUGAGAUCAUGCGCUCUCUCGCAGUCUCCGUGGCGGCCGGAGCUCUUUUAUCUGCGACGAAUUAUGUGCAUUGUGGACAAAUGAAGAAGCUCACGUGGAUGUUACAGCACCACUCGCUUGAAGGUCAACGAGCAGCUCAGAAGAAACAGUGUGUGGUGUGCGAUAAAAGAACGAGCUCUGCCAUCGGAAGCAUCGGUAAAAGCACGUGUAGAAUCUGUGAUGGGUGUGUGUGCCACUCGUGCAAAAUCCGCCAUCGUAUCAACUUCAUCGCGCCUGGAGGGCAACUGGUGCAGCGGAAGAUUGUCGUCUGUGCCAAGUGCAUGAAAGAAGCGACUCAUUGGAACGCACAAGAAGCUGCUAAAGAUGAAGCAAGUAGACGUGAAGUUACUUCCUCAUAUUCUUUCAUGGACACAUCCGAGUCCUCCUCGUAUGAUGACAACAGAUUGGUAAACUCUACGAAACUAGAGGAAGCAUAAAUAUAUAAAUGCUG